AUGGACGUGGAAAGUGAAGUAAUUAAGUCAAUUAACGAUGAAUUGAACGAAAGGGCCGGCAGCAAAGAAAGCGGUCAUAGUGACGAUAAUGAGUUAAUCCUUGAGGAUGGAAUUGAGUUAACACAAGAAAUCGGAAGGAUUUCGUUGGAAUUUGCUGAUGCCGAUGCUGAAAAAUAUAGUGCAUAUCCAAGUUCAUACUACACAUUCAGUGCAAAAGAGCGACUACUUUUGAUUUUUACGGAAAAUUUUCGACGCCAAUUCAAGUAUACUCACCCAGAACGUAAACCACUUGUAUUGGCCAUUCCCAAUGAAUGUGGCAUUCAGAAGUUCGUAUCGACCACCGUACGACCGACUUCGUUCCUCUUUUAUGAGUUCAUCGAUUGCUGGGAUGGGCCAGCACGCUUUGUAUCCGACUUCAUUGCCUAUGAACCUUUGGAAAAUCCGUUUGAAAUUCCGCCACGACUAGUGUCACCUGACACGUUGCUGACACUGCGUUCUGGCAACGCCUUUGAAAUGGCAACGCUUUUAUGUAGCCUAUUAAUAGCUAAUCGAUAUGGAGCGAUGGUAGUGAGUGGAUAUGCGAGUGAGGUCGUGACAAGCUGCAAUCAAAACCGUGAAUGUUGUCCCAACAUUCCAAUCAGAGCAUCAAAACAAACGACAAAUGAAGCAAGUUCGAGCAAAGCAAAUGGCAUGGAUAAAAACAAAUACGCAUUAAUCGAUCCAGUUGAUUUGAGAAGUAAAUUUUUACUUGAAGUUGAAGCACGCAAACUGAAACAGGCAAAUGACCAACGACGUGAGGAAAUGGAACGUCAAUUAGAAGAAUUGCGAAUUUUGGAAAAAUUGCCAGAAGACGAACACAUCGGUAGUCGCAGACAUGCUUGGGUUGUAAUUUUGUCAAAUGUUGAAUGGGCUUCAAAAAAAUCCGCUGGGCCUGAACAUGAAUGCGAUGAAACACAAGUUACACGACCAUUUUUUAUCGAACCAACGACAGGAGUUCAUUUUUCAACAGAUGAUCCAAAUUACUAUGUCGUUGACAGUGUUUGGAAUGAGGCCAACUACUAUGUAAAUUUACAAGAUCCCGGUGAAAAUAAUCUAAAAAACCUUAAAUGGAACUUUGAAGAUCGGAAAAAUUGGCAAACGCUGUUGAAUGAAGAUUCGGUCGUUGACUUUGUGAAAAGAAGUGAAACACCAGUAGAACUGAAGAGUGCAAAUAUAAGUUUUUGCGCACGAUAUUUGGACAUGCCUAUCAGUUGGGUGAAGCAAUUUAGCGUAUCGAAUGCAGAUUAUGAUGAACGUUAUCCGAAUGGAUGUAAAAAGAUUUAUUACAAACGGGUUCUGUUGGAACUGUUUGCACCAUACUUGAACGAUAACGGUGUUAUUAAACGACUUACGCUGUAUAAAAACUUGGACCACACCGAUGAAAUUACUUGUUGGCAAUGGUACUGCAAUCGUGAGGAUUCACUUGAAUCAGUCGAAAAGGACUUUGAAACAAAUCAAAUAAUAGAAAAUUACGCGAACGGUCGACCAGAUUCUUUGCGCCGUUUCACGAGAUCAAUGGAACGUGAUGGUGAAAAAAUGUUCGAAUACUACGAAAAUUCGCGUUUAGACGGUUUGAUUUUACUUGAAGUAGCGCCGAACUAUGUUCGAGAACAUUUUGAGCACCGUCAAGACAGAUUUCUUGUCUACCGCGAGUUUGUGACGGAUGCAAAGGGCAAUAAAGACCUUCUUAAAAUCGUGGAAAAGUUUCGACGCAACGAGAAAAUACCGUUUCACGAGAAUAUUUUGAAGCGCACCUUUGACAUUGCAGAAAAUAAGAUAAUUUUGCAAUUUCAUUAUGGAUACAAUGACAUAACUCCAACCAUUCGUGUUUAUACAUGCCCACCGAAACCAAACUAUGGAUGCGAAAUCCCAUUUAGUGAAGAUGAUAAUCCGGUUGAUAUGACCAACAAAUACGAAAGAAAUGUUCCAAAACUUAAGAGAUAUUAUACUCUGCUUGAACAACUCCGAAACCAAGAAGAAUGUAUAAAGUCUUUCGAAAGUCGGCUAUUGCACAUUGAGUCAACGAUGGUCGAACAUCAAAACAAUGCUCAACAUCCAGUUUUGACGACAAGCAUUUAUGAUCCGCUCCGCAAUACAAUUUCAAGGAAUAGACGACUGGCAGAGAACGAUCGAAUUGAAAGACAACAAACAUUAGCAAUGACUUCUGCUCCGGAUAUAUUAGCGCCAUAUCUAGUUCAUUUUACGACAAAACCAAAUGAAAUCGAAUCGUUGCAGAUCUACGAAAAAUGUUUAAAUGACAUUCAAAUCGAUUAUACGGAACGUUUGGCGCUACUUCGACAACAAUAUGAAGAUGUAUCGAAAGAAAUAGAAAAUCUGAAAAGGUACCUGGAUUUGUAUGAGGAUAAAAUCGAUGAAAAGGAAUACGACGAUUACGUGAAACAUGGUCUCGAAUUGGAUGUAUCGCAGCGAGUGUUCAAGCAGCGAAUCGUUGAUAUUGAAGAAGAAUACAAACGAAAGUAUAAUGAUGCAAAAGAGCAAUUAAAACAUGAUUCACGCCUAACAGUCGACGUAAUUGUAUGCCUUGAUGAAAAACUAACACAAUAA